AUGAUGCAACCUCCUCGGAAGAAGCGACGAAGACGGAUAGAUGAUUUUGUUGUUGACGAUGAUGCAGCUAGCAUUUCAUCCACCGCGGACUACGAGCCCACCCAAACCAGCCCGAGCCGCGCUGGUAGACAGCUCCUCCUGACCGGAUUGUUUGGAAGACAGACGAGCCCCCACGAUGAGGAUCCAGAAACCGAUGAAGAACAGGAUCCAGAACGUGAGGCAAGCGGGUCUCUCGACAGCCCGGCAGCACGUCCUCAGCGUGGAGCCGCAGUAAAUGCUGCUCCACAGAUUCGACACUACGCUCGUGCCGACAUUGGUGAAGUCUCUGACCUCGCCGAAGAUGAUGAGUCGGACGAAGACGAGAUGGAUGCAGACGCUAUCCAGUACGCUCCAUUUGAAACCCAGGUAGCGGGUGACGAGCAACUCUCGCAAGUAGAUGAUAUCCCAGAGUGCGAGGAUAUCGGUGAUCUGCCGAACGUCUUGCCAGAAGGUAGUGACCACUUCGUCAAGCUCGUCGAGCAGGUAGAGCGAGACGGCUUCGUCCCGCUGAUCGAUGAAGUGCUCAAGGUCGAGCACAGAAGCGGCUCCAAGUUCGGCGAGUUUUUGUUUGCGGAAGCCCCCGACUACUGGAAAGACAUGUGCUUGCUGACGCUGUGCAGUAUGCCAGAACGUGUCAUACAAGAGCUUACCUACGGCAACCUCAAGCAGGCUUACGAAACGGAUGCAGAGCUCAAAGCGGUGCUAGAUCGUUACCAGGCCCGCGGGAAGGAGCACCCGAGCAUCUACGCGCGUGUAUGUACUCGAGACAACGGGGAGUUAAUGACCAUCGAGCAGGCACGCCGAGUGGUCAAAUGGCUCUCAAGAUAUAUCUCAGAAGACCCCGCCGUCAAGGCACAUCGACGGUGCGUAGAGGCAUUCCGCAGGAUCGAUUCGGCGUUUCGCGGGCAGUGGCGGCCCGCCGGACAGAAACCUGAUCGAAGUUAUCUCGCGACGAACUCCACGAUGCGCUCAGAUGCUCGAGUGCGUAACGUACGACUAUUUUGCCAGCAGUUGCUGGCGGAGUGCGACAGGUGUGAGGCAGCGAACAAGCCUCUCAAGCCGCUCCUAUACAUUGGUUUUGCCGCGAAGGCAGACAGACGCAAACGGCAGCACGAGGCUUGCGGCCAGUCCUCCAAUUGGUUGGCGACACUCGUGCAAGCCAUCUGCAACGUGUUAUGGGGACGCGGAGUCUUCAAGAUGCACUUCUUCGUGAUCUGCCUGCUGCACGAGGAGCUGCAAGGUAUGGCAGCAGAGAUGCUUCUGACCAGAAUUCCAGGUGCCUAUUACAAUGCAGGAGGUGGAUUCUGCAUCGAUGUGGCCGGAAAGAGUAUGGAGAGCAUAUACUUCAAGAAACUUUCGGCACAAGACAGUGUCGACCACUGGAAUGAGUUGAGCGAAUGGAUCGACCAGAACACGCCGCUCGUAGAAAAUCUUGAUCUCCACAGAACUCGAGUUGAGAUUUUGCAACGCCGCAAGAAGAUAGCGGCCGAGGCUGAGCAGCAAGGUCUAACACCCCGCCAGCGGAUCACCAAAGCCGUGUCAGAGGUCAAGAAUUACUAUGACAGUUGUCAGAAGUUAAAGAACGACCUCUGCUGGCAGACGGAGGAGGGGAGGAGGUGGGUGCGUGAGUCAGAGGAACUUUGGGGACAGAUGAAAGAAAGGUUUCCCGAUUAUGUUUAG